AUGGCCAUCACUGCCGGAUACAUCAUGCCCGCUGUGCGAUCACUAUCAACUCAAGACUAUACGUAUGGUCUCUCACAAGAGUCAGCCUGCAUGAGGCAAAGUCCAUCAAUACCACAAAAUGAAGUCGACCAUGUGCCAUCAAAGGAAAUCUCAACCGACUCCAAUUUAACUGAACGGGAGCCAUCGGCGGCGACCCGUGCGCCGCCAGAGAUCUUGCUGCAAAUAUUCUCCCUGCUAUCGCCGCGGGAAUUCAAUAGUGCUCGCCACACAUGCUCCCGAUGGAUGCGGGUUAGUCUAAAUGAAAGACUGAUUGGACGCAUGUUGAAAAGUGCCGGAUGGUGGAAUGCAUGGCUACAGGAUCACAGUCAGCCAUGUGUAUCAGGUCGAGACGAAAGCGAUGUCUGGAGAAUGAGUCGACGCCUCACAACCGAAUCGCUGCUCUCCGGAAGAAAAUCGAAAUCGCGACCCAGGGACCGUGCCUUCGUGAAGAGCGCCGUGAUCGACUUCUCGGCUCUUGUGACCACUUCAAGGAAGUCUCGGGCUAUUGCACCUGGGUCGAAAGAGGAAAUCAAAGAAGCGACCUCGACUUUCAGCCCAAGCAGCUGCAGUAAUUAUCUGCUGGUGACGACGGGCUGUAACAUCCAUGUCUUUCGCCUUCUGGGGCGGAGGAUACAGACGAAGUCAGACUCGAGAGAUGCAGACUUGGAACUCAUCACAUGUAUCACUUGCCCCUUCGACGUUGUUGCAACCGCCAUCGACGCAAGCACGCCCAAGCUCACCAUUGCUGCCCUUCUCAGCAACCGGGCCGGCAUGUAUUGCAAAAUAAACCUCUCAUCUUCAAGCCCCAAACUCGAAAUACCACACCUCUUCUACGACAUCUGCAGCGAAGCAACCCCCCCUAAAACAAUAGCCCUAAGCCCAGGCCGAGCCCUCGUCGCCUUCGGCAGCGUCUCCGGCAUCGAACUACACACCCUGCACAAAGAGCGCGAUGAACUCCGCAAACCAUUCACUCUCCCCCAACCCUCCGAAGUGCUGCACUUCCUCCCCAGCACCGCCGAAGCCCCCGACGAGCUCCGUCUCAUCUCAUCUCUCUCCGGCCCACCCCCAAAAUGCAAAUGUCCCCCAACCCAACCAAAAGACCAAUUCCACUUCCUAGCCGACGUGCAAUCCUUCUCCCGCCACCGCAUCCCCCACACUCCAUCCCGCAGCCUCAUCCGCGCAACCCACUGCCACCACUACCGUGCCGUCCCCAUCAACGACGGUCUCCACAUGACCUUCGUCGAACCCCGCUCCAACCUCCUCUGCAUAGGCUCCGACGCGCCCAUCGGCGGCCUAACAAGCCUAACCCGGGCCUUCGUCUGCAUCCCGCCCUUCGCCAGCUCCAAAUCAGAAAACUUCAGGGCCCCGUCUAGCUUCGCCGCAGCAUCGGAUUUACGAUGGGGUCUGCGCGUCGCAGCUGUCUACGCAAAUCGCUUGGUUCUCUACUCCAUUCCAGGGGAUCUCUUCAGUAUUGUCCGCCGUGAACGCGAAAGACAGGUCAAUGGCGUUAUGGGCGAUAGUGAUCUUUCUCGGGAUCUUUGCGCGGAAGCAGGUGCUUAUAUGGAGACGUUGGAUGCGUACCGCUCCACGGCUAUGAGGUGGCCGUUGCAGGUGCGCGGAAGGGAAAUCGGCUUGGUCCAUGGGGCUGUAGAGCUGUCCGUGCAGUGUGAGGGUGGUGGUGUGAGGGUUUGGGCGUUUGGGAAGAGUGGGACGGCGGAGGUGUUUGAUCUUGAUGCGGGGGAUUUGAAGGGAAUGUCUUUCGUGGUUGAUGAGGAUGGGGUGAAGGAGGGGAAAAAGGAAGCAGUGAAGGAUGGUGCUGUGGAGUUGAGUCGGAAGAGGAAAUUUGAGGAAGAUGUUGCUUUUGCUGGGAAGUAUGGGCCUAAGAAGGGGAGGCAUUGUCGGGAUGGGGAUCAUCAUCCUGUGAGGAGGUCGUCGUCGUUUGCGGCUUGUAUUAUUGAUUUCAAGAUGCCUGAUAUGGAUUGA